CGCUUUAACCUCGUUUUCUGUUUUCCGUGAGCGGCGAGCGCUUGUAAUGCGUCCGGUUGUAUUGUUCGAGCUACCUGAAGAAAGAUCGUUGUAAAAGCGGUAAAGAUUCGAUCGAUAAUUCGCUCACGAUGGUGAAACUGACGCCGGAACUUAUAGAGCAGUCGAUGCAGUACAUAAAUCCUGUGCGGGAUCGCGAAUUGGAUCUCCGAGGAUAUAAGAUACCCACCAUCGAGAAUCUGGGCGCGACCUUGGAUCAAUUUGACACGAUAGACUUUUCCGAUAACGACAUACGUAAGCUGGACGGUUUUCCGCUUCUGAAAAGGAUAAAGACCCUGUUUUUCAAUAACAAUCGCAUCGUCAGAAUUGGCGAAGGCCUGGAACAUUGUAUACCGAACCUGCAAACCCUGAUGUUGACCGGCAACAUGAUACAAGAACUGGGCGACCUGGAGCCUCUGAUACCGCUGAAGAACCUUACGAACUUGUGCCUGCUUCAGAACCCGGUGUCCGCUAAGCCACAGUACAGACAGUACGUCGUUUAUAGAUUUCCUCAACUUAGACUGCUCGAUUUUCGGAAAAUCAAGCAGGCCGAACGCGAGUCGGCCACGGAGUACUUUAGGAGCAAGCGUGGCAAGGAGAUGGCACGCGAGAUAGCUAAAAAGGUGAAGGCACAAACGGCGGGUACAUCGGUGGAUAAGCCUUUGACCACUCCCGAGGAACGUAACAAAAUUCGAGAGGCCAUUACGAACGCGUCCUCCUUGGAAGAGGUACAGAGGCUCAGUAAAUUGUUGCAGGCUGGCCAUAUACCUGGCGAGGAACGAUUGCAAAAUGGUAGUGGAGCUGCGGAACCUAUGGAAGAGGAUGACGAUUAAAUUAUGUUUUUUAAGUCCAAAACCAAUUCCCUAUUGUAAGUAUGCAGCUUGACGGAGUAAGGGCGUGACAUAACAGCACACGUAUGCUGAUAAGAAAUGUAUACUAUACACGGAUCUACUACUAUCUUUAGAGUUAACGGCAGAUAUUGCAUUUUUGUACAAAUAAAAUAUGGAGACUAGCCUGGAAGCGAUUUUUAUAAUUACUCCUCGUUACACUACGCUCUAUUUUAAUAUACCAAUAUGUUUAUUUCAGCAAAGUCAAUAAAGAGUUUCUUCAAGCGACUUA